ACCCACAAGCGACCGCGCUAGAACGUUCUACCGAUUCUCGAGUGUUCGUCAUGAGACCUCGUACGUGUAGCAUCUCGCUUUUCGCAGAUAACGCAAAAAUGCUAAAAACUGAGCCAAUCCCAUGUCUCCGCUGUGGCAACAUCGGAUCACCAUCAGGCAGUCUACCGUUUUCUUUGCACAAAGUUUCCUCUAUCAACCGCUCUUUCGCUGGGACAAAUCCAGGAAGUCGUGGAGAUUCAUCGCUGGAGCUUGAAGCUAUAGCGGCUGUUCAUGAGCUAUCAUUUGCCGUGCAAUCAAUCAGCGUCUCCGAAAUGCUUCCUCGUACUCCCGACCUCAUCUUUGUGAACCUUACAACCAUCGAAGAGCAACCAUUCUGCUUGGAACUAACUCACAAAGGUUGGCGUAUCACCUCACUCCGUCUCGACUGUAUGGUUGGCGACUUUACUCGCCUCGAGCUGUUCACCAAGUACUAUGACUCAUUAUUUUCGCUAAUGGACACGAUAUCACCCGGUUAUCGUGCACGAUUUGGCGAGAAGCUAGCGCUAAGACUGAAAAUGCUUGAGAACGGUGACGAGUCCGGAGCUGCACCAUGUGGUAGCUAUGCAUCUCUCCCAUUGAGUCGCGACUCGUCUCAGUGCUCCUUCGUCUCUUUACCGGACGUUACACCAGCAAAUCCUGCAAAAUUUAACGCCAAGAUUACGUUAAAGUGCUGAUGCUUGCUUUCGUCUUAUCUGUCCCCCCAAAUGAUUUUCUUUAAACGGGUUGUCGGAUCAAAAAUCCGCUUGAUUUAUCUAGUCAUAGUAUGACUAUGUUUUGUUUUGCUCAGAAAAACGCGCUCAAAGUGCGUCCGCUCGUUUUCUUUUACGCGUAUAAGUUAUGGUUUGAUAUGUAUCGACAGAGACUUGAUCUAGGACCGGCUACACUAACUUUUUAAUUUCAAGUUCUCGGUGAUCUAAGGCGCAUUUUGGCGCUUUCGUUUGUUUUAGGUGAUUGUGUUUCUAUAGCACUUCUUGGGGCAAGUGAUAGUGUUUACCCCUAUUUUGGGUGUUAUGUACUUUUCCUUUGCUCUUCCGUGGCAUUAGUUAAGUGGACAACAUCUAUAUUUAUUUUACGGGUUCAACUGAUUUACCCUAGCAUAUAUAAAAGUUUAGAUCACAUCUCAAAUUAGGUUAUAUCCAGGAGCGAGCAAGAUGUGGCACACAAUCGCCGGAUACGACUCCUCCCCUCCUUCCUCCCUCCCUCACCGGCAUUAUCGUUUGCCUUCUAUAAGCAUAAUAUAAAAACUCUACCAGGCGUAGUUGGUAACACAUUCAUAAUCAUCAUGUUGGACGACCCCCAUGGGCCAAGUUUUAACAAAUUCUAAG